CCCUCUCUCUCUCUCUCUCUCUCUCUCUCUCUCUCUCUGUGCGUUUCUUACACACUCGUCUGAAACCCCCUGUCAUGAGCCUUAUCGCUCUCUAUCUCCAUUUAUCCGUGGCCUAGAUCGCUGACCUGAUAGGCGAACCAUACAUGGCGAGUCGACUGGGAGCCAAUCCGGGUCAGGAGGUCACCACGUCGGCCUCGAGCUCAGAUUGAGUCUGAGUUGAUCGUCGAGUUCGAUCCUCGCAGACCCAGCGAUGAGCCAGGAGACUUCUGAUACAAUGAAUCUUGACUUGAACCUGGGUCCUAUCCCCGAGCCUCAAUCAGGCUCGGUACCUAAUGACCCGUUGAAUUUGGAUGAUUGGGUUGAAGAUCCUUCUAGGCUUAGGGAAGCUAUUAGGCUUAGAGCUCGACAGCAGCGGUGGAGGAGAUGGCGGCCAGUUCACAUUCCACCUGAAGCUCAGAACAUUUCUUUGGAAUUGAACCAAUUGAUGGUCAAUUCUGGUGAUAGGAGUACAUUGCAGACAGGUGAGGGCAGUGGCCCUGCGGAAGAUGGAAUUAAUGAGAUUCCCAAAACGUGUGAAAAUAACAAUGGGAUUUUAGAGAAUGAGAUAUCAGAGAAAAACAUCGAUGUGGAAAAGGGUAGUGGCAAUGAUGGGAGCUUUUUUGACUGCAACAUAUGUUUGGACUUGGCUAGGAACCCUGUUGUGACUUGUUGUGGCCAUUUAUUUUGUUGGUCAUGUCUAUACCGAUGGUUGCAUGUCCAUUCAGAUGCAAAGGAAUGCCCAGUAUGUAAGGGAGAGGUGACAAUCAAAAGUGUGACCCCAAUCUAUGGUCGUGGGAACAAUAUUCAUGAGCCGGAGGAGGAUUCCAGUCUGAAGAUUCCUCUUAGGCCUCAUGCACGACGGAUUGAGAGCUUGAGGCAAACCCUUCAUAGAACUGCAUUUUUCCCUGUGGAGGAGAUGAUCCGUCGCCUUGGAGGUAGGUUUGAUUUGUCCCGGGACUUUAUUCAGCCACCAGAGCCUGACAGCACACGCGAAACAGUGGAUAGAACCUUGUUGAAUCGGAUUUUGACAUCUCGGGCUCGCAGAGAACAAAAUUCAGUGGCUCCUGAUGUAGUGGAUUUAACACAGAGCGACAUGAGUAGCCCUGAGAUUGGAGAAAACCGCCACGUGCAGUCCCUUUUACUCCGAAGGUCACAAUCUCAUAGAACAUCACUUCAUUCUGCAUUGAGUUCUGCUGAAAGGUUAGUUGAUGCAUUUUUGCGUAACCAUCCUGUUGGUAGAAAUCAAGAGCAGACCCAACCAGUUGAUGAUAGAGAUUCUUUCUCAAGCAUUGCCGCUGUUAUAAAUUCAGAAAGUCAGGUGGACACUGCUAUGGAAAUUGAUUCCAUGGUGUCCCUUUCAACAUCAUCUUCCCGAAGAAGAAAUGAUGUUUCAAGGGGUUCAGAUGUGGAUAGUGGAGAUUCUCGUGCCCAUAGAAGAAGACGGCUGCAUUGAGAAAAGAAAAUUAUCCUUUUAUUCAAAUAUCCUGUUAUUGCUCGAGAAAUACUCCACAUAUGCAAGUUCACCUUGACAUAAUAUCGCGUUAACUCUUCAAUGUAUUCACCUUUAUCUUGUAUCCUGUUGACUGUCAAGAGGUGAUUAUUAAGCUUUUGCAGCAUGUGCUGCUUUCAAUUUGUAUGAAAUAUCUAGCGUGAAAUAUUUAUCCUUCUCCUUCAACUGAUCUGUGAUUUGAAGGGCAAGUCAAAUUUGUAGUGGAACACUGGAGCUGCUUUAUAAGUUUCUUUUGUACAUAACCUCGGAAACUUUAUAUGUUCGAGUAAAGUUGCUUUAAAUUUUCUC